AUGCAAAACUGCUCAAUGGUAGAAUUUGACAACCCAAAUUGCUCAUCAAGUUUUUGUGUCAUUUUCCGCGCAAACAGGGAUUCAAAUUUCUGCCAUCAAAAACUCAUUUUCUACAAAAGAACUACAAAUAUUAUUUCAAAAAGGCGGCAGUGGUGGUCAAAGAACAAACAUCUGAACAUAUUGAAGAAGGUGUCUCUCUCUCUCUCUCUGUCUUUCCCUGCUCACACAAAUCUGUGUGUCUCUCUCCAGAAAAUAACAACACUUGAGGUUCACGGGAGGACGGGGGGAGCUCCCGCCUGUGCUCCAACUCUCUUGUCAUGCCACUUUAUGUUGCUCCAGUGUUUUUGUCUCUCUAAAUCUCCAGCUAGCUGUUCUUUCAUGUUCCCUUAG